GCGGCUGAGGCGGCGGCACCUCUCCCCUUCGCCGUCCCCACUGGGGACCGAGUGCUGCCCCAGUGCACCCGCCCGCUCCUUCGUGCACUGUUGUCAUGGAGGAGCCAAAAUGGCGGCCCUGGCCUACAACUUGGGCAAGCGGGAGAUCAACCACUACUUCAGCGUGAGGAGCGCCAAGGCGCUGGCACUCGGCGCUGUCCUACUGCUCGCCGCCUGUCAUGCCGUCUCCCGUCGGUACCAAGGUGAUGAUAGUUGCGAUUACCUCCUCUCUAGUGGAAGAUUUCUUGGAGAGAAAGUAUGGCAGCCUCACAGUUGUAUGAUGCAUAGAUACAAACAGAGUGAAGCAAAAAAAUGCCUUGAAGAUAAACAUAUUGCAUUUAUAGGCGAUUCUAGAAUUCGUCAGCUAUUCUAUUCAUUUGUAAAACUCAUAAACCCUCAAAUUAAGGAGGAAGGAAACAAGCAUGGGAACAUCCCUUUUGAAGACCAAUCUUCUUCACUUAAAGUGGAUUUUCUGUGGUAUCCGGAAGUCAAUGGCUCUAUGAAGCAACACAUCAAGUCUUGGACUGAAGGUUCCUCUAUAAAGCCUCACAUAAUUGUAGCAGGAGCUGCUACGUGGUCUAUCAAAAUUCACAAUGGCAGCAAUGAAGCGCUCACACAGUAUAAAAUUAAUGUCACAUCAAUUGCACCCCAUCUGGAAAAACUGGCAAAGAACAGUGAAGUCUAUUGGGUCUUACAAGAUCCAGUUUAUGAAGAUAUGUUGAGUGAAAACAGGAAAAUGAUCACUAAUGAAAAAAUAGAUGCCUACAAUGAAGCAGCAAUCAGUAUCCUGAACAGCAGCUCCAAAAACUCAAAAGCUAAAGUAAAGGUUUUCAGAGCAUCUAGGCUGAUAGCAGAAGAAACUAUAAUUCAGUCCACAGAUGGUUUACAUCUUCCUGAAUCAAGCAGAGAAACAAGUGCAAUGAUUCUCAUAAACAUCCACUGCAACAAGAUUAUGAAGCCAAUUGAUGGUUCAUGCUGCCAACCUCAGCCUCCCGUAACUUUGAUACAAAAGCUAGCAUUUUGCUUUUUUUUUUUAUCUGUAAUUGGAUAUUUAAUUCUGCUUCUCAUUCGUAACAAUCACCGGAAGAACAAGCCUUGCACUGAUAUGGAAAGUGGAGAGGAGAAAAAACCUGCCUCCAAUACGUCAGCUGUCUCUACUCUAGAGAUACUCUUGCAAUCUUUUUGCAAACUUGGUUUAAUUAUGGGUUACUUUUACCUGUGUGACAGAGCAAAUCUGUUCAUGAAAGAAAACAAGUUUUAUACUCACUCAUCGUUCUUCAUACCAAUAAUUUACAUCCUGGUAUUAGGAGUAUUUUAUACCGAAAAUACAAAAGAGACUAAGGUGUUAAAUAGAGAGCAGACAGAUGAAUGGAAAGGCUGGAUGCAGCUUGUCAUUUUGAUCUAUCAUAUCUCUGGAGCAAGUACUUUUCUGCCGGUGUACAUGCACAUUCGUGUGUUGGUUGCUGCAUAUCUGUUCCAAACAGGUUAUGGGCAUUUUUCAUACUUCUGGAUUAAAGGAGACUUUGGCAUUUAUAGAGUGUGUCAGGUUUUAUUUCGGCUGAACUUCCUGGUUGUGGUACUGUGCAUAGUGAUGGAUCGGUCUUACCAGUUCUAUUACUUCGUUCCUCUAGUCACUGUCUGGUUUAUGAUCAUAUAUCUUACAUUAGUUUUGUGGCCUCAGAUAGUCCAGAAGAAAGCCAAUGGAAAUUGCUUCUGGCAUUUUGGUUUACUGCUGAAACUAGUUUUCCUGUUCAUCUGUAUAUGUUUUCUAGCAUAUUCUCAGGGUAUAUUUGAGAAGAUUUUUUCUACUUGGCCAUUGUCCAAGUGUUUCGAACUAAAUGGGAGUGUCUAUGAAUGGUGGUUUAGGUGGAAAUUAGAUCGAUACGUCGUUUUUCAUGGAAUGUUGUUUGCUUUUAUUUAUCUAACGUUUCAGAAAUGGCAGGUCCUCUCAGAAGGAAAAGGAGAGCCGCUCUUCCCCAACAAAUUUUCAAAUAUUUUAUUAUUUAUUUCAGUAGUUUCUUUUUUGACAUACUCUAUCUGGGCAAGUAGCUGUAAAAACAAAACUGAGUGCAAUGAAAUGCAUCCUUCUGUUUCAGUUGUGCAGAUUUUAGCUUUUGUCCUUAUCAGGAAUAUACCUGGCUAUGCUCGUUCUGUAUAUAGUUCAUUUUUUGCCUGGUUUGGCAGAAUUUCUCUUGAGCUUUUCAUCUGUCAGUACCACAUUUGGCUAGCAGCAGAUACCAAGGGGAUCUUGGUCCUCAUUCCAGGAAAUCCCAUGCUCAACAUUAUUGUCAGCACUUUUAUAUUUGUUUGUGUGGCACAUGAAAUUUCUCAGAUCACAAAUGAUCUUGCACAGAUUGUUGUUCCAAAAGAUAAUGCAAUGCUACUGAAAAGGUUGCUGUGUGUAGGUGGGUUUUUUUCUGGACUUCUCUUUUUAUCAUCGGUUCAAGAACAAUCAAAGCGUUAAAUUCCAAUAAAUCCUUCAGGCUUACUUUGUGUCUGCCUGAGCCAAAAUACAUAAUAAAAUAAACUGGAAUUACAAAAAAAACCCAAAAACUUUUAUGCAUCUGGGCAGCGCAAGAAAGAUACUGGAGUGAAUUCAACUUGAGCAUAUGUGGUGGAAAAUCAUUGUUUUGCACGGGGAUAUCCACCCACUAAAGAAAACAAAUGCGCUGUACACAACUGCGGGGGGGGGGGGGGGAAUACAUAUUUUCUACUGGAGCAUUAUUUCUGUUUACAUCUUUCUAAAGGUAAGAUAAAAAGUGAGUUUAGCUCAACAGAGGCAUUUAGAGACUGAUGCAUCAACUUUAAAUUGAGGCAUUAUCAAUCCGUUAAUAAUUACUAGCAUACUGAAGUUGAUGUAUUCAUGUUUCAAGGAGCUGCUUUUAUUGAAAGGAGUAAAAUAACCUCUUUAAAGACAGUUAUGUUCUUGUAAUCCCACAGCUAACUUACAGAGGUCCAUUUAUUGUAUGGACUGCACCAUAAUAAAUAACUUAAAGACUGUGACCUGUCUUUAAAGAAUCCAGCAUUGCUGUGUGAUCAAAUUUUUCUUACAGUAAUUGGAAGGUUUCUGAAUUUAAAAAGCUAGUAAUUUAUUUUGCUGAUUACUAUUUUGGAUAUCGCUAAUACAUAUCUAGGAAACCCUUAAUCACUGGUGUGUGUGCGUGUAAAUUAUCACAUUCAUAUAUUCUUAAUAUCCAUGUUUACAAACUAUAUAGCAUACCAUUUCAAUGAAGGUAAUUUCAGUAAUUUUAAAAAAAGUUUCAGAAAUGACAUUUAGGUGGAAUUUUUGAGUAGUCUUAUUUUGGUUUUGCAUAAAAUGAUGUUUUUUCACCAUUUCUUUUCAGAUUAUGUAAUAAGCUCUUUAUAUCAUGCAAUAUUAGGAUCAAAAGUUCACCGAUCACAAAAAAGACCCCUGCCAUUUUUCCUAUCAAUUUUCCCUUUUUUCUCUUGGCAUACCACUCUUUUCUAUAGGAUGUGAAUAAUGAGGCAGCUAGAAUACAGUUCAACUCUGCUCCUCUUUAUGCCACUGAAAGUAACUCCAUAGGAAAUGCAGACUUGUAUAACAUACAUGCUUCAGUAAAGAGGUCAGGUACUUGGCUAUGGUUAUCUGAAGCUUGUGUAACAAUUACUGUUUUUGUUUGGCAGAAAGGUUUUUUUAAUCUCAAAACUCAUAUCAGACUGCAUGAGAAGAGAGAAGAAAAAUGAGCCACAGUGUAGGACCUCAAAAGUGUUUUACCAAUCACAGUUUAAAAAGGCUGAAAAUGCAUUAUGUUAACGUCACCAUAGUUUAAAAAUAUCCACAAUCCUAUAAAAAUGUGUGAUUUUCUAUGCUUGAUCAAUCAAUUUUUAAAGUGUCUUUAAAUUCUAAAAUGAUAAAUCAUGUUCCUUUGGAUAACUUUAAUAUCUAGUUUUAUUUUCAGUCUAACUUUUCUCUUUACAAUCUUAAGCAUGCUGUGCAGAUGUAAAAAAUACAGCAGUUCAGAUUGAAGGAGAUAGAAUGCAACUUAAAUACUUCCAAUUAAAUGGAAUUCACAAAUUCUUUGUCCUGCUGAAUUUAUAAUUCUGGCCUUUUUGGGGUGGAUGCAGGGUAAGUUGUCAUAGUAGAGAGUACAAAUCGAGACAACAUCCUAACAUCUGUUUGAAACACCUGGGUCUUGAUACCCAUAUUCAAAUUACAUGCUGACUUUCCUUUUUAGAAGUUGGCCCCUCCAAGUGCUCUUCGAGCAGGACCAAUUUCAAGAUGCAAUCUGUGGAUUGGCACAUAGUUUAUUUGUGGGGAAAUAGUGUGCAUACAUCAUUGGUAUUCUUCCCCUUUAAAGGGCUCUUCAUUCUCCAUUGAUGGAGAUUUAAAGAGCAUUUUAGGUUGCUCGGGAAGAGUAGCUUUUCUGAAGAAACUUCUGGCACAUGCUCAUUUCAACCCUGGCAUUGAGCAUCAGCAGUUUGUCCCUGUUAUGUUGGUACGUUACAUAAGGUUUUAGCACUUGAAGAAUGAAGUAUUGUUUUCUAUGCAUAUGUGCAAUUGUAUGUAAUGAUAAACAAUAUGACUUUUAAUUUAUGGAAAGUGAGUUUUGAUGUAUACUUUGACAGUGGGAACUUUGGAAUCCUGUCAUAGAAGGUCAUAUAUUGAAGUAUAAUUGUGGGGGGAAAUUCCGCUAAAGAAUGAUGGAUCCCAAAUUGCUUUCAUUUAAUGCUUAACUUGAACCAUCUUGCUCAGUAUGUUAACAAACUACAGUGUGCAAGUUCUGUAUUUUCUGUUACCUGUUUAUUUCCAAUUGUGUCAAAAGUUGUACUUUUCCACUAAGAAUAGGUGCAUUUGAUUUGUUUCAUUUCCAUUUAGCUAAGCACGAUAGUAAUGGCUGGCAAGUCAUGGGCUGCAUGUACAAAUAACAUUCAUAAUAUUAAGCGGCAAGAGACCUUUUGUUAGGGGUGGGAGUUUUGGUUAUGUUUAUAAACCAAGUGUUGUAGAUAUUUUAUUUAUCGGUUGUACAGUUUUGGUUAAAGAUUAUUUUUAUGUUUGAAAUAUUGCACUUGUUUGCUAUUACUGUAUGUGGGAUAAAAUAUAUUUUCUUUUAAAGUUAUGUGACAAAUAUGAAGUAAUUUAAACAUUAAAAUAAAUGUGCUGUAGAUGCUUAUUUUUCUACUGGAAGGAGCAACAAUUAAGCAGAAGAAUGUGUGUGUGUGUGGGUGUGAGUGUGUUUUAAACAGUUCAAAAAUCUACUGAAGUGCUUGGUUUAUUUGAAUAUUGUCUAAAAAUACAGAGGCAGUAUUCUUUUCAACAGUUCCACUAACAUAAAUUAUGCUGCAGUAGAUAGAGUAAACGGCCUCUAGUACAACACCAAUAGCAUUUGCUGGAGGAAAGUGUUGCUGUUGUUCUAGAGGUUGUGUACACUAAUGCAACAUAAUUUACCGUAGAUAUAGUGUCGAAUAGAAUACUGUCCCCUGUAUUCUAAUAUGAGAGGAUACUGAAUAUUGCAAACACAAGGGUUAUGCAAAAUAUUGUAAAGAAUUUUUGGAAAUUGAGCCUACAGUCUCUGCCAGUAGCUCAGCUUUUUCCUGUCUAACUUUGAAUGGCAAUGUACCUACAGAAUCCAGGAUUGUUUAACUUAUAUAAAGUUGUUAAUAAGUCUGAUAAAAAAAAUGUGUUUUAGAAAUACAUAUAAUACCCUGUGUUGCAAUAAUAUGGUGGGACUGGACUUCACAAAUGGCAGUAGAAAAUAAUGCUUGGCCUCAAGGCCUGCCGGAACUUGUGGACCCAUGGUUAAAAGUCUUGCCAUUUGGUACACUUGUUUCUGGCACAAAACAAAUAUAUAACUCUAAUCAGUUUAGCUUCUCUGAUGCCCAUUUCUUAACAUAACAAAGCUGAUGUAAAAAGCAGAUUAGGCACUGUUCAAUGAUUAUCUUCCAAUAAAAUGCCUUCCAUCAAAA